AUGGCGAGUGAUUACUCAGAUGGCGUUAUUCAUGGGCUCGGUGGAGGAGCAAGGAGGACGUCACGUCACAGCAAGGCUGGUGCACGCGGUAGUGGAGCUUGGGAUGCGGAGAGAGAUAUUCUGGGCUGGGCCAAGGAUCACGGGCUAGAGCAAGCCAAGGCAGCAGUGUGCAGCGUUCGGGCAGCGAGAGUGGACUGCAGGGUAGGCAGAUGCCGUCAUAGGGAUGCAAAGGACCUGGAUGGCGGUGAUAAGAGCGUGGAUGUGGUGACAGUUUUGGCGAGGCAGAAUCUUGGGGGUGAAGGAGGACUAGGCUGUCGGCUGGGCUAA